AUGUUAUCAACACUUCAUUCAUCAAACUAUGGUGAAUUAGAGCAUGCUGGUAAGCUCUUUGAUGAAAGAACUGUGGUUUCAUGGAAUGCCAUGAUGGGUGGUUAUAACCAAAGGGGUUGGUUUUGUGAGGCAUUGUAUUUGUUUAAUUUCAUGAGAGAGGGGUUACAGAAGCCAGAUGGUGUUACAGUGGCCAUGGUGCUCUCCAGUUGUGCAAAUUUGGGGGCCCUUGGAGAGGGGCGAUUAGUCCAUAAUUACUUAGAAGCUAGUGAUGUAAACAUGGAUUUAGUAAUUGGCAAUGCGCUCAUGGACAUGUAUGCCAAAUGUGAUAGCUUAGAGGAUUCGUCUAAAAAAUUUUAA